ACAUCGGAGUAUCAAUAAUUAGAAAACUUUUUAUUGAAAGAGAGAAAUUUAAAGAUAAGGUUCGUCAGCUUCAGUUAGAUAAUGCAGAGCUCAGAAGUCAGUUAGAAAGCCUUCAACAAGAUCUACGUUAUGAGUCAUAUCUUAACAAUAGAAGAAUUGAAAGUUUAGAAAAUCAAAUUAAUAUUUUAGAAAACCGGGAGGAAAUUUUUUGCGGAGAAUUAGAAGAAAGAGGUGAAUAG